GAUAAUCACUGUUAUACAACGUGAAAUAUCCAUAAAAUACGUCACUUAGUUAGGGUUGUUUACUUUGACGAUGUUUAUAUUUUUCUGGUCACAUGGUGUGUGCAAAGCCUUCUGAUCACUUUUCCUGACAAACCGUCCUGGGUUGUAUGUCCCCUCUAGUGUAUUUGUCCCGUGCCACUCAGUCAUACCUCCGGGACCAUUUGUGAAAUCCUGUACGUACAACAUUUGCAACGGCGGCAAUAACACCUGCUCCAGCCUGGAAGCCUACGCCACCGAGUGCUCUAACGCAGGAGUCUGUAUUGACUGGAGGAAUUCCACCAAUGGGAAAUGUGAGCACAAUUGUCCAAGCAACAAAGUGUACAUGGCCUGUGGCCCCUCUGUAGAGCCGACAUGCAAUGACAGAUACAACAAGAAGUUCCAGGCUGAUAGCAUUGCAUCCACUGACAAGACUAAGGAGGGUUGCUUCUGUCCUCAUGGCACCACCUUAUUCAACACCGUCUAUGACACGUGUGUCACCUCUUGUGAUUGUGUCGGACCCGAUGGGAAACCCAAACAGCCUGGUGACACAUGGACGAGUGGCUGCGACAAGUGCUUGUGUGACAAGGAUUCCAUGAGCAUCCGGUGUGAGCCUGCUGUGUGCCCACCGGUACAGAGCCCCAACUGCAGCGAGUCUGGCCAGCAGCUGGUCAACAAGACAGACAGCUGCUGCACAACAUCGUCAUGUGAAUGCAAUGUAAGCCUGUGUCCCCCUCUUAAGACCUGCCCGGUGGGCUACGAACGCAACAUCACCUACGGCAUCUGCUGCCAGUCCUACACGUGUGUUCAUAAGGAUGUAUGUGUCUAUGACAUGAAAGAGUAUGAGAUUGGUGCCAAGAUACCAACAUCACAAACAACAUCAGAACCACCAUUAGAAAAACCAGAAAUAUCAUUAAGAACAACAGCAGCACUCUUCGGUGCGGGACAACCAUCAGGAACAACAUUUAUACGGGUCGACACGCUGUAG